CGGUAGACAGUUUUGGGGAAGACACUUCCUCAAACACUGAAGAACUUUACUCCGCAGAUUUACAGUCUCACCUUUGAAACUUCAGCUGAGAUAAUAUUUAACUCCAACGCAUGACUUUCGCGUCACUUUACAGUUCUCCGUGUCUGUAGCCUUGUGGAAAACGAUGCAGUUGUGAUUCGGACGGGUAACAAAACAGAAACAAUGGUUUCCAUCGCAAAAGUGCUGCUCGCUGUCUUAGGGGUUGCAGUGGUCGUCGUUUUGAUAGCGGUGCCCACGGUUAUAUUUUUGAAGGAGGAGGAGGGGUCCAACAUGAGAACUUUCACCCUGUUCGAUGUCUUCAACUAUACACUGAAACCAGCAUCCUACAACAUGAAAUGGAUUUCAGACUAUGAGUACCUGCAUAAAGAAACCGACGGCUCUAUCUUCCUCUACAAUGUGAACACAAACAUGUUUGAAGAAUUUCUGAACAGAGACAAGUUUAUAGCACGGGACGCUUACGACUACCAGCUGUCUGCUGACAGAAGAUAUGUUGCUUUCAUGAGCAACUACAACAAGGUGUGGAGACAUUCGUUCACAGCUUCCUAUUCAUUGUAUGACCGGCAGUCAGACAAAGAUAUCACGCCCUCUGACAUUCCGGAUGUGGUCCAGUACUUUGCAUGGGCCCCUAUGGGGAACAAACUGGCCUAUGUUUGGGACAACAAUGUCUAUUUGAAGAUCAGCCCUGAAUCACCAAGAGAGCAAAUCACUUUUAACGGAGAGCCAAAUAAGAUAUUAAACGGGAUCCCAGAUUGGGUCUAUGAGGAGGAGAUGUUCUCAUCUAAUCGGGGUGUCUGGUGGUCACCUGGAGGGACGUAUUUGGCAUAUGCUGAAUUCAAUGACACUUUAGUGCACAAUAUUGAGUAUUCUUGGUUUGGCGAGGACCAGUACCCCAGCACUAUUUCCAUUCCAUAUCCUAAGGCAGGUACUCCCAACCCUGUUGUGAAACUGUUUGUUGUGGACACUGACAACACAACAAUAGUCACAGAAGUUGUUGUUCCAGCCUCAUUCAGCAAACUUGAGCACUACCUGGCCUCUGUUACCUGGGUGACUGAUAACCGUAUAGCUGUUCAGUGGCUAAAGAGACAACAGAACCACCUCAUUCUUCAGAUUUAUGACAUCAGUGGAUCGAGCAGGAAUCCCGUUGAGCAUCUGGAGCUGACAAGUACAGGCUGGAUUGGACGGUUCUCUCCAUCAGAGCCAGUUUUUACCCCUGAUGGGAACAGUUACUACCUGAUCAUUAGCGACAACACAAAGUACAAGCACAUCCAUCAUGUGGUUGGGGGAGUGGCUACACCCAUCACAUCUGGGCACUGGGAGGUUAUUGAAAUUCUGAGAGUCACUCAAGAUAGUGUGUAUUAUAUAAGCAACGAAAAGGACAACAAGCCUGGAGGAAGGAAUGUCUACCAAUGGACAAACCAAGGCUCCAGGUGUCUAACUUGCUCUCUUCUAUCAGACUGUGAAUAUAACUCGGCGUACUUCAGCCACAACGCCUCCUACUACGGUUUCAGCUGCAGUGGUCCAAGAAUUCCACAAUAUUAUCUUAUGGAGACAAGGAGUAAUAAACAGAUCAAACGUUUGGAGGACAACAAGGUAUUUGAAGGUGAAAUAUCUCAAAUCCAAAUUCCCACAAUGCUUCGAGGGACCAUUAAUCUUCACUCAUAUAACCUUUGGUAUCAGAUGCAUUUACCCCCAGACUUUGAUGAGUCGAAGAAGUACCCUUUGCUAAUAGAUGUGUAUGCAGGUCCCUGCAGUCAGAAGGUAGACCUCAGAUACAGGGUGAACUGGUCCACCUACCUGGCCAGCACUCAGAAAAUCAUUGUUGCCAGCUUUGACGGAAGAGGAAGCGGUUACCAGGGCGACCAGCUGAUGCAUGAAAUCUACAGACGUCUGGGAACCUAUGAGGUGGAAGAUCAGAUAACAGCAGCUAAGGAGUUCAUCAAAAUGGGCUUCAUUGACAGAGAUAGGGUCGCUAUAUGGGGAUGGUCCUAUGGUGGAUAUGUUUCUUCAAUGGUUUUGGGUUCUGGCAGCAGAGUUUUCAAAUGUGGAAUGGCAGUGGCUCCUGUAUCCAAAUGGGAAUAUUAUGAUACCAUCUACACAGAGCGCUAUAUGUUGCAGCCCUCAGAAAAUCAGGGCGCCUAUGACAACUCAACAGUAAUGGCCAGGGCCAAGAACUUCAAAUCAGUGCAGUAUCUUCUGGUUCACGGAACAGCAGAUGAUAAUGUCCACUUCCAGCAGGCUGCUGAGAUCUCAGAAGCUUUGGUGAAUGAGCAGGUGGACUUUGAUGCCAUGUGGUACACAGACAAGGAUCACGGACUGGGAGGCUCGGCCAACAUGCAUGUCUACACUCACAUGUCUAAAUUCCUACAUACAUGCUUUGCAUAAAUUGAUCUAUGUUUAUUUUUAUUUUCUCUGUGAAUAAGAUAUUGUUGUAAUAAUAACUGCAUUAACUUAUAUAUCCUCCUUUAGGAGCCGAACUUAACAAGUGCCAAAGAGUCCUUGCCAUAAUUUUGUAAUGUGCUCCCACUAAAGAAAGCAAAACAAUGUCCUACAAGUAGUUACAGAGAAUACAAAUAAAGAUGCUCACUGAAAACCCAGAGAAAAUGGACCAAAUCUGAUAUUUAUUUGGUUUUCUGCAUUAUCUGAACAAACAAACCCUAACCCCUGCUUAUCAUCUAAGCGUUCUUGACUUUUGUAGAUUGUCUACCAUAAAAAUUUGAUUUAAUAUUUUUUGUAUAUUCAAAAAAAACAUCAUAUGCCCAUAUUUGGUAGGACUGAGUAUUAAAAAGAUCUGAGUCAAAGGUGAAAAAGGGACACGAUGUAUUUUUAAAAUACUUAUCAUUCAAAGUCAUCAACAUUUUGGAAGUGUUUAUUUUACAUGUGCUUCAUAUAUAUUUGUUUCACGGUGAAAAAAUAUGUGGCUGAGGUGUACUGAGGAAACAGCACCUCCUAUAGUCACAUUGAAUGUGAUGGUCCCCAAAUUAGGUACCUGACUGGAAAUGGGAACCAUUACUUUGCUAUGGUUUAAAGUCCUUUUAAUGAGAUGUCAAAGAAAGUGUCGGAGUGUAACACACAAUAACAUAGAGAAACACAAAAUCGCCCCUCCUUCACCUAUUGCUGUUUACUGCCGCUUAGCUAAUAUUCUUUUUCUUUGCUUACAAUAAAGACAGAAUUGGCCGUUUAGGCAUAUAUCCAGUUGCAAAAAACACAUACAGUCAUGGCGCAGAAACUAAAAUAAAUGCCUCUUGUAUGUUAUUAUAGUAGUCGCUGUUUUAAUGCUACAUUUGGCAAGGUACAAAUAAGCAGCAUGUCUGUUAGGUGGUUGACUGCUGAAAACAGAUUGUCUUAGCUAAUGAAGCAAUGUUUGACUCAAAAUAAUGAGAAACACCCAGUGAUAUCUGAAAAUAAAUACAUAAAUGAUUUACAAAUUUAGAAAAAAUGUGAUGGAUUCUGUUCAAUUCGUAUAUGAAAUAUGUAGUUAUUUUACCUUGUGGAAAAAUAUGCAUAUGUUAUUGAUGUAAACUGAACCAACGUUAUUUCUGAAAAUAAGUUUUCAGAGUCUUGUUUAUAUGUUUUCAUAACAAAUUAAUAAUUAAAUAAUUUUUUUAAAACA